AUGUAAAAAAGAGAUAAAUCUCCAAUCAUACAUGUCAAUCUAAUGAAAGAAAACAUUCAUAGCAAACCACAUUCACUUAAUAAAAAUAGCUAAUCGAGUAAAGCUAGUCUUAAUUUGGUUAAAGUAUUAGCAACAAGAAGAUCUGAUAUGAAUUCACUUUGGGAACCUCCUGAAGAAUCAAAAUAACAUUCAAAUAGAUUUGAUAAUUAUUUUUAAAGACAUUCAACUCGAAGAUCAAAUGUUUAAACAUCUAGAGAAAGAGAAAGAGAUUUCUCAGAUUCUCCAAAUCAAUCUCCAUCAAAUUACUAAUGCAUUAAACAUAAUAAUAAAACUUAAUAAAGAAAAAGGACAGCAUAGUUCUUAUGCUGUAUACCUAAAUGCGAUACUCAUUUAUUGUGUAGAGAAUGUAAAUAUAAAAUUUACUAAUGUAAACAUGAUUAAAUUGUAAAAUUGAAUGAAUUUAUUGAAUAACCAAUUUUAAUUUUUCUAAAGAAAGAUAAUUCAUAAAAUGAAUUAAUUGGAAAUCUGAUUCUUUAACAAAUGUAAUUAUUUCAUGUAAUUCAAUUUUAAUUAUUUAGAAAGUUAAACAUCAAGCAGAAUAAUCAAAAUUACAAUUAUAAGAAUACUUAGAGAACAUUUAGGAUUAAUUAAAAAUGAAAUGUUAAGUUAUAUAAGCUGAAUUCAAUGAAAAAGUUGAUGUAAUUUAAUUUAAUAUAUAAUAAGUUUCAAAUAAAAUAAAUUAGAAAUGAUAUAGAUUAAUUGGUUUAAACAAGUUUAGUCUAUAAAGACGAUUUUGAUAACAGACUAAAUUAGAAUGAAGAUUUCAUUGAAUCAAUAAAACUGUUUAAAUAAUAAAGUGAAGAUCCUUAUGAGUAAGUAAUGAAUUAAGUAAAUUUAUUAUAACAAAAUCUUAAUAAAAUUCCUUAAUUAAAUUCGGUUGUUCUAGAACUGAAAACAGAUAUAUCACUAAAAGAUUUUAGUUAUAGCAAAUUGAUAAUCUGA